GUUCUUGAUGACCAGCUUCCUGGAGCCGCCCGCGCCCCCCGGCUUGGCGGGGCCGCUGGCCAGCGCCGCCGGCUUGGUGAGGCCGUUGGUGCGGCCCACGAGCGCCGAGACGCUGCCCUUCCGCGGGCCCUCGUCCGCCAUGGCUGGGCCGGACGCCGCCCCGCCCCGUGCGCGCCGGCUCCUCCUCCGCCCCGGCGCUCAGUCCGUGCGCGCCGGCUCCUCCUCCGCCCCGGCGCCCCGGCCGUGCGCGCCCGGCUCUUCCUCCGCCUUGGCGCCCGACCCGUGCGCCGCGGCCCCCGCCACCUGCGCCCGCGCCGCCCGGGCCCAACCGCCACCGCGCCCGCCCCUGCUCGGGCGCGCGGACCUCCCCAUUGAGGGCUCGGGCGCGCGGGACGCCGCACACACCGAGGGCUGGGCGCGCGGGGACAGCCUGUGUCCCGAGGGCCGGGCGCGCGGGAGCGUGUUCCCAAAUGGGCUGGGGACUUCCCACAUCGUCUCGCGGAACGCGCGGGGACACCCCAGGCCGAGGGCUCCCGUGCGGGCUGGGGACCUCCCCAUGAGCUGGGAACGCGGGCACACGUUCCUGGGCGGCCUGCCUUCCCCUCCGGUUCGCAGUCCUAAGGGCUCGGGCGCGCGCCAGCUCUCCGCGGUCGCGGAGUCGGGCGGAGCGAACGGCAGCUGCGUGCGGCCUACCACGCCCCGCGGGCCAGGCGCUCGAGUCCCAGGUGCCGCGCAGGUCCGCCCCGCGCCGCCCCUCCGGAACCAACGUGCGCGGCGUCUGGGCGCAGGGGCCCCGCGCGCAGACGGACCGCGCCGGAAGUGACGCGGCUGGUCCCGGCCACUGCCAUGGCGCACAUCACGAUCAACCAGUACCUACAGCAGGUGUAUGAAGCCAUCGACACCAGAGAUGGAGCUUCCUGUGCAGAACUGGUGUCUUUCAAGCAUCCUCAUGUUGCAAACCCACGGCUGCAGAUGGCUUCUCCAGAAGAGAAAUGUCAACAAGUUUUGGAACCCCCCUAUGACGAAAUGUUUGCAGCUCAUUUACGGUGCACCUAUGCUGUGGGGAGCCAUGACUUUGUGGAGGCUUACAAGUGCCAGACGGUGAUGGUCCAGUCAUUCCUGCGGGCGUUCCAGGCCCACAAAGAAGAAAACUGGGCUCUACCAGUCAUGUACGCCGUAGCCCUGGACCUUCGCGUGUUUGCCAACAACGCAGAUCAGCAGUUGGUGAAGAAAGGAAAGAGCAAAGUUGGGGACAUGUUGGAAAAAGCUGCUGAGCUGCUGAUGAGCUGCUUUCGCGUCUGUGCCAGCGACACAGCUCUCUCCCGCAGCCGUGCUGGCAUAGAGGACUCCAAGAAGUGGGGCAUGCUGUUCCUGGUGAACCAGCUGUUCAAGAUCUACUUUAAGAUCAACAAACUCCAUUUGUGUAAACCCCUGAUUAGAGCCAUCGACAGCUCCAACCUGAGAGACGAUUACAGCACCGCCCAGAGAGUGACGUACAAGUACUAUGUCGGACGCAAGGCCAUGUUCGACAGUGACUUUAAGCAAGCGGAGGAGUACCUGUCGUUCGCCUUCGAGCACUGCCACCGCUCCAGCCAGAAGAAUAAGAGGAUGAUCCUGAUCUACCUGCUCCCCGUGAAGAUGCUGCUGGGCCACAUGCCGACCGUGGAGCUCUUGAGGAAGUACCAUCUCAUGCAGUUCGCCGAUGUGACCAGAGCCGUGAGUGAGGGCAACCUGCUCCUGCUCAACGAGGCGCUGGCAAGGCACGAGACCUUCUUCAUCCGCUGCGGCAUCUUCCUCAUCCUCGAGAAGCUGAAGAUCAUCACCUACCGGAACCUCUUCAAGAAAGUGUAUCUGCUGCUCAGAACACACCAGUUGUCUCUGGAGGCCUUCCUGGUCGCCCUCAAGUUCAUGCACGUGGAGGACGUGGACCUGGACGAGGUGCAAUGCAUCCUGGCCAACCUGAUAUACAUGGGUCACAUUAAAGGUUACAUAUCCCACCAGCAUCAGAAGCUCGUCGUCAGCAAGCAGAACCCAUUCCCCCCGCUGUCCACGGUGUGCUGAGCAGGGGGCCCUGCGGCCAGGAGACCAGGGCUCGUCUCCACCAGACUUGCAGCUGCGCCCUUCUUGGCAGCUGGAAUCGGCCAAGACUAGUUUGCCCGCACUCCAGCCUCAAACCCUCGUGGUCGUCUGUGAUCAGUGUCGGCUGUGGGGAGAGCCGGGCCUGUUUUCAGACACCUGCUAGUUGGCAGUGCUGGUGAGCCUCCUGAGGGAGGUACCGGGCACGUAGUCUUGGCUUCCCGAGUGGUGUUCACAGGGCCUUCUCUGUGUCUUUUUGUAGCUCUUUCUAUAAAAAGGGAUAUUUUGAGUUGUUACCUUCUAAGACGUGUCUAUUUUUAUUAAACCUGAACCUUUGUGUAACUGGAA